GAGAGAGAUGCUCUGGCUUUCAUCAGUCACAUCUCGCUGUGGGAGGGGGAUUGAAGCGGCUGCCUCGGAGCUCUCCGGUAACAGAGACAGUAGACGGCACUGACUCACGCUGACGAUCCACGCACAGCACAUUUUAGACUCUACCUGACCUGCAGUUGAAGAUCCGACAGGAGGGCGAUUAUGAAGGCAUAAGAGAACUUUCCUCUGAUUUUUUUUUUUUUUUGGGGGGGGAAGGCUGUUUCACCAUCUUUCCCUUAAAUUCGGACAUCAAAUAAAGUCAGAAUGUACAUCAGUGAUUUAUAAACACCAGAUGGCGGUGAGCUGAAAAAUCACUAAAACACAUCUGAGUGUGUUGGGACGGGACACGGUGUUAUUUUUCUCCCCUCCUUGUCUUUUAUUACAGAGAACUUCGUUUCCACUGGUGGCGGACCUUCUAGGCUAUUUUUGUCCUUAAUUUUGUCAGACAUUAUCCGACCCCCUUCUUCUCCCUCCUCCACUACCGCCUCGUCCUCCUCCUCCCGUUCCUCCUCCAACCGUCUUCAGUUGGUUUAAAAAAACAGAAAGAAAAGAAAAAGAAAGCCACCAAGGAGACAAGACUACACUCUACCCGCCAGCGUUCAAAGGGAAUCAAAACAAUCUAAUCAACAUCAGCACAGGACUGGACCCUGACAAGGAUGCUACUCCAGCACAGAGGCUACUAGACGGUCCAAACAGCCUUUGCCAAUAUGUUCAGGCCAGGUUACGGUGGGGUGGAGCUACUGUUGGUGUUGUGGGGCCUGGAUCUGUCUUCACCCUGCCCUCGCCACUGUAUCUGCUACACUUCACCUAGCACCGUCUCCUGCCAGGCCCACAACUUCCAUGCUGUGCCUGAGGGCAUCCCCGCUCAGAGCGAGCGCGUUUUCUUGCAAAACAACAAGAUCCAGCGGCUACUUCGAGGGCAUUUCUCGCCCACUACCACUAUGCUGUGGCUUUACUCCAACAACAUCUCCUAUAUACAACCAUCCACCUUCCAUGGCUUUGACCGCCUAGAGGAGCUUGAUCUUGGGGACAACCGGCAUCUGAAGGCCAUUGCCUCGGACACCUUCCUGGGCCUUGGUCGGCUACAUGCCCUUCAUCUAUACCACUGUGGCCUGAUCACCCUCCCUCCUGGGAUCUUUUCAGGCUUACAUAAUCUCCAGUAUCUCUAUCUACAGGAUAACCAGUUAGAAUUCCUAGAGGAUGAUUUGUUCAUCGACCUCCUGAACCUCAGUCAUCUCUUCCUACACGGCAAUCGUCUAUGGAGUCUUCGCCAGAACACUUUUCGAGGUCUAGGAGUCUUAGACCGGCUCCUUCUCCACCAGAAUCGGAUCCAGUGGGUUGAUCGUCAGGCCUUCCAUGACCUUCGACGUCUCACUACUUUGUACCUGUUUAAUAACUCCCUCACUGAGCUGUCUGGUGCCACCCUGACUCUUCUGCCGUCCCUGGAGUACCUGCGACUUAACGACAACCCCUGGGAGUGUGACUGCAAGGCCCUAUCACUUUGGGAUUGGCUGCGGAGGUUCAGAGGCUCCACCUCCUCUCUGAUGUGUGUUUCGCCGCCUGAGCUGACGGGGAGGGACCUGAAAACGCUCAAGAAAGAGGAGCUGCCCAGUUGCAUAUCAGGCGAGAGUCAUGCGCAUGGCGCCCCAGGUAGAGAGAUUGAGCACGGGGAGUCUUUAAACCACCUGAAUCGUCACAGAAACCAUCACAACCACCAUCAGCGGCCAUACUUGCCCCAUGGGGACCAGUACAGCUUGCCUUCACCCUCUCCCCUACCACGGCCACCUAAAGGAGGCCGCCGAAACUGUACUCGCCGUGGCCGCAAGGCAAAAGGGGGGCUCAAUGAGGUGCAGGUACUUCAGGAGGGGGGUGAAAAAGACUACACUCCAGAUGGUGAUAAAUAUGACCUGUCUGCCACAACAAGGAGGAAGAACAAGUGCAUCCCCAGAACUUCUGUUGGCCCACCAAUUGGGGUCCAGAGAGCUAAUAACAAAGCAGGGUCACAUCAUGCAGGUUAUGUUUCGUGUUUGUCAUCAGCUCUGCUGCUGUCACUCUACUUUGUGAUCCUACGUUGAGACAGGAAACAGACACUGUUGUGCUGGUGAUGCAACCUUAUGAUUCAUUCUCCUAAACCACCUUGUUCUGGCUCUUUAAAUGAGGCAUGUGCACAUAAAUGUGUGUGUAAAUGACUGUGUACAAAGGACAUCACUGAAAAUCCCUGUGGUAUUAAUGCAGGGGUCAUUCUGAGUCAUAAUCAAUACAUGUUAGUCAGGGAAAACUAUUUUGCCCAUUUGCUUUG